UUUUUAUUUUCAGUAUGUGAUAUAAACAUGUUUCUACACUGAACAAUGGACCUUUCUACCAACUUUACACUUACUCCGUGACAACUGUAAAAUAUGACCCAUCAGAUGAGAUCAGGGAUGACUGAUCAGUUAGUGAGAGAUAAGGAGGUGAUUUUCAUGGAGGGAGCCAACAAGGUUACUCAGCAGAUAGAGGCACAUCUCGCUGCGUUUGGUCAGAAGUGUGAGAUUGGAAAGUCUCAUCUUGAAGCAGCUCUACUUCUGAGAGAUCACGAGCAGCUGGAAGCUGGAGCUCUCCGGACUUACGCCACUGCAAGUCAACUGUUGAAGACAGCAGAACAGCUGGUUAAGGCGGGUAAUGUAGACGGAGAGAGAGUCAGGGAAACGACCAAGAGGCUGGACACUCUGUGGCAGGGACUUACUUCUAGACUCAACACUCACAAGGAGGCACUCAGCUACAGUGUUACUUUCCAUCAGAAACUAGAACAGGUAAAAGCGUGGUUGACGAACUGGCAGUCAGCAAUAGAACAGCAACAAAGCAGAUUAGCUAGCCAAGAGCUGCUAGUACAGUUACAGAGACAGGGGGAGGUACUAACGGAGCUGUAUAACGGGCUGCAACAAGACAGUAAGCACCUGAUUAAGCUGCUAGCGUCGAACAAGCAGUACUCAGCAGCUGAGCGGUACGUGACGUCACACCUCUCUCACGUGACGUCACACUACAAUGCUACCUGUGGGAUGUGGCAAGUCUACAGAGCCGCUCACACUACUUCUACCAAGAUCAGAAAGUUGGAACAGCAGGGUUAUAAACUGAGAGCAUAUCUAGAAACGUUAGAAGCGGAGUUCAUGACACCUUUCUAUGAUAUCACCACCAGUCUGGAGGUUAUCAAGGGGAGGUUGAAGAAGCUGGAGGAAUUAGAAAGGAGACUAGAUCCCCUGUUAGCAGAUAUAGACGGGUUGAAGUGCAGUUCUAGCAAGCUUGUAGCUGAGGGAAAUGAGAACGCCAUCAACAUCAUCGGAGAAGUUAUGAAUCAUUGGGCUGUCUUCAAACUGAAGAAGCAGCAAUGUGAGCAGUAUCUACUGUUCACCACGCACCUUUAUACACAGAUAAGAGAUGUAGACACUAACAUCAGAUCACUACGACAACUCAUCAAGGUGCACAAGGCUAAAGCUACUGCUGCCACUUACAACGAGUUCCAGUCCCUGAAGAGCGGAGUGCUCCACCAAUCUAGCGAAAUAGUGAGGCAAAGUGAGACAAUGCUGGAGCUGAUUAGAUUGAUGAAGGAGACUUGUUCUGCGGGGGCGCUUGAUAAGCCUGCUAAACACAUCAUGACGGUAAUAGAGAAGUUUAGGGGAGCCGACACAGUAGUACGGGAACUAAGGUUACAGAAAGUAGAGCGGAGAAAGGAAGAGAUAGAUAAGUGGAUUGAUGAGAUAGGAGAGCCCUUUCUGCGUGAUCACGUAGAUAUUGGUAGCAGUCUGGAGCUUACCGAGAAAUACUGCAACGAGUUUACUACCUUUCUAGACGAAGUAUCAGGAGUACGUGAGAAGGUGGAGACGCUAAACGAAGAGGCGCUGUUAUCCACCUGGUCCCACUUCAGCACCCGGCUCACUUCCAAACAUGACCAGAUCCUCGUCGCUAAACAGUUCUUCCUCGCUGUUGAUGAGUACCACAACCGGUUUAAGCAGUCUCAGGAUUCCCUGACUGUAGACCAGUUGCCAGAUGAUGUCAUGGGGACGGAUACAAUGCUAAUUCAGUGCAAGACGGAACCUCAACAACUCCAGCAGCUGUACGACAAAGUAGAUGAAGUGUUUGAGAGGAUAACGCAAUUGCUAAGCAACCAACCAGAGUCUGUUCUGAGGUCACGUGUUGUACACAUGCAGGAGAUCAUGAGCAAACUUCAGGGUUUACACGAGGACAUUAAGUCAAGCUGGAAAGAUCGAGAACAGAAGCUAAACAAGGGUUUAGAGUUGAGAAAGUUCGAGCAAGGUAUUAAGAACCUGUACCUCUGGAUCAGUGACGAGGGAGAGGCCUUUAUACGGUCACACAGACUAUUCUCCACUUCAUCAGCUAGUCUCACCGCUAUAUUCGCGGAGUUUAACAGUUUUCAGCGGCAAAUGGCGGUGGAGCAAUCCCGACUAAUGGAGCUGGAAAUGUCCUGCACUAGCCUCAAGGACUGCAUUAUAUUUGAUAAUGGUGCUAUAGAUGCCAGGAUGACAGCUGCUAGAAACUCAUGGGAUGUGUUUAAUGACAAGUUUGGGUUGAGGAAGAAGCUGCUGCAGGUGGUAGUGGAGGAUAUUAUACCUCCCAUGGAUCAGUACCGGGAGAGGUUAAAGUAUUGGAGAGGAGAAUGCGAGAAGAACAAAGAGGAGCUCACUAAUGUGCAUAUCUCUCUACUCAAAACUCUGCAAAGUCAGAUCACGGAAGAGAGAAGGAGAGUUCCCCACAUUAUAAAAGACAAAGCUUACUCAGCUCUAACCUCGGAGAACUCCUACCUGGACAAGUUCGUACGGAACAUUCAGGAGGACCUGGACGCUAUGUUGCAGGAGAGCAGGGAGAUAGACACCUUGUUACUCAGCAGGACUACUAGCAUUAAUAGUCUCAACUCCGUCACGUCCUCGGGCUCGGUCUCCAGCGACAGUAAGAUGUCCAUCACCUCCGACGAGGGCUGCACUAGAUCCAGACAGCCUCAAGCUAAACUACCUAACGGGAACGUGCCUACUGGCAAGCCACCUCCCCACUACAACCGACACCAGAGCGCAGAAUCCCAGCCCUCAGUGUCCAAGAAGCAAGCCUGCCACAGACCUGACAGUAUUAACUCAGACAGCGGCAUUAUUGGAUCAUCAGGAUCAGAUACCAGCCAGUCACGGUGGAGCUGGCCAGAGGAAGGUAAAACAGCAACAGCAGCGCCACCUCAGACCACUACUGCUGACAAGACUACUUGUGGAGACGACAAGAGACUGAAGCUAGUAGUGGAGGAGCUGAUCAAGUCAGAACACGACUUUGUGUCCGGACUUAACUUCAUAGUCCGGCAGUAUACCGCUCAUCUUAUGAAACAUCGCCUCUGGGUCGUCAGCCAGACGUUAUUAGGUAACGUUGAGGAGAUAUUCAAGUUCCACCGGGAGCUGUUCCUACCCGACCUGCUACAAUGUGGUGGUGACCCUAUCAAAGUGGCUGCAAUCUUCCUUAAAUACCGCACUAAGUACGAUCUACACGUGCAAUACUGCGUCAACAAACCCAAGUCAGAGGCAGUGUACAGCGAGCACGAGCUCGAGAUGGAGCAGAUACAGAAGAUUCUCAACCAGAACUUCUCUCUUUCGUCCUUCCUGAUCAAGCCAGUUCAGAGAAUUACCAAGUAUCAGUUACUGUUAGCAGAGAUCCUGAAGUUUGGGAAGAGUUGUAACCUACAGAACCUGGAUCAGGUAGAGGAGGCGUAUAAUGUGAUGAUAGAGGUUCCCAGGAAGGCUAAUAAUCUCAUGCACUUAGAAAUGUUCGAGGAUCCCCCAGAUGAUAAAUUAGUACAUCAGGACUCGCUGUCAGUUAUCAACGGUUCAGCCUGGAUCCAGGGUCAGGGCAAACAGCGCCAAGUCUUCCUAUUCAAACACUGCCUUGUUUUAGCGAAACAUGAAAUGGAAGGGAAGAAACUGAAAUCUUACUCUACAAAGAAUGUUAUAGAUCUAGCAAACGCUAGUGUCCUGGUAGAGGAGGAAACUUGCCGGUUCUCAGUUUCUAACAAUUCAACAAAGUUUUGUUUUUGUGCGGAUAGUCAGUCCAAGAAAGCUGAGUGGGCUAGGUUUGUUAAACAGGGGAUAGAGUAUUGCUCUAAAGAUAAGGACAGGGGCAGUUUGGGAUCAAACAACUCUAACGAAGAGAACAAAAAGGGUAUUAAUCAGAAAAUCAGAUCUUCUCUCCGCUUUCACAAACGAAGGAAAUCAUUAACUAAAAUAAGUUUGAAGGAGGACGAUAUAAUAAAGGAAUCUGAGCAGAGCGAUUGGGCUCAGCCUUACAUAACCAGUAAUCGUAUACCCACUGAGGAUAUACUGAGGGACAAAACAGAGCAGAACUACGACCGGUGCAUCUCUAAGCUCAGUAACAUCUCAAUGAGUAUAGACCACAUCAACCUGAUAGUGCCCAGUGAACACCCCGCCACGCAGAGUCAGCCGGACAGUACCUACCCCUCUGCAGCACUAGCCCAGGCCCCCCCUUCAGCUAACUUGCAGUCUGGCUACAAGUUUACUGACAUACUAUUUUACGGUCACUUCUCGGUGUUCUGCACCUGUGAGCACCAGAGAACGGGGCUGAAGUUCACUGCGCAGGUUACCCCGGUAGUGGACAGACAGUUCUACAGGUCCAUACAGAGAGAGGUGGAUAUUCUGCAGCAGCUCAACUACAAGCGGGUCAGCAGACUGCACGAGGUGCUCCUGCAGUAUGAUAACUGUAUUGUGCUGAUUAUGAGCUACCAGUUCCAACUACCCCUCAUGGACUUCCUCCUUCUUAAGGAGUCUAACAAGGAGCACGAGACUAUCGAGAUUAUAAAGAAUGUUCUGGAAGGAGUGUCUUAUUUACACGCCCGUUCUAUCGCACAUCUGGACCUGAAACCUGAGAACUUGAUCUGGGAUAAGACCACUGUAAAGAUAAUAAACUACGAGUUGGCCCACUAUGUGGACGAAGAGAACGUGUUCCUAGAACCCAGCAUGUUGGACCCUGAGUUUGCAGCUCCGGAGCUCCUGCAGGGGCGGGUCUCUACCACUGCUGCUGAUAUAUGGUCGGUGGGCGUGUUGACAUAUCUCCUACUCUACUCAGACAGUCCCUUCUUCUUACAAGGCCAGAUAAUCCCUCCCCAAAUGAGAGCGUUCCACAACACUAAAGGUAACAGUGUUCUGGGAGAUAACACCCUGGUCUUCCUCUCCUCCCUGCUUCAGAACGACCCCCGGAGGAGACCUAACGGUCAGGGCUGUCUCAACUCAACCUGGAUCAAAUCUAGCAGCAGUAGAAAUAGUGGGGUCUUUGUGGACAAGGGGCGACUCAGGAAGUUCUACCAGCGACGGAGACACGAGGCAGCCAGCAAAGUGGUGGAUAUUCCUGAUGCUGUUCUCGACUCUCUCGGGCUCAGUUAUGACAUGUUGUAGAGGCACUGGGAUCUAUGUAUAUUGACAAUUUUUUAACGAUUGGACCAUGUAUGACCAUGAAUAUAAGUCUAGCACAAAACUUUAUACGAUUUUGAUGAAUAAUUAUAGAGCAAACAUUAUCACUUAAAUUCAGACAUUUGAAGUGAGAUUUGGCAAAAUUUGUUUGUGCAGGAAGUUUUAAGAGAAGAACUCGUUCGUUAUAACAUAUUAUUAAAGUUCGGAGUUAUUAAGUCUUCAUUUUGAGACUAUGAAAAUAUGCCCGGAUUUUUAUUAUCAAGAUCUCGAAAAUGUAGCACAAUGUUCGUCCUGUUUUUGAUUGAUAUUUUUAAUGUUCAUUUCUAUUUAUUUGUUGCAACGUUGUGUAAUUUGAUUUAUCAAUUUGUAUUAAAUUUUUAUUGUAGAAUUUUAGAAGAAAUUUUGAACGUUUUCACUAAUGUUAA